AUGAAUGGUCAUUCACAACACUCAAACAACUCCUUGAGUAAACAUCGAUCAAGCAUCAACAACAACUCCUCUCAGAGUCAACAACAACAACGCAAAGGGGGUUUGAACAAGAGGAAUCCUGUAGUCGUGUCUAGAAAUGUUACCUCUCUAAAGAAUGUGAGCACUCAACAUACUACACUUGGAUACAACCCAAAACAACUAGAUGAAGAUGAUGAUAUCGAUUUAUUCAUUGUCAGUAAUCCUCCAGUAGAUAUGGACACGGAUACGACUAGUACGACUACUACUACUACUACAACGAGUAGGAGUGCAAGUAAAAGUAAUGUUGUCACUGGUGGCGGUGGUGGUGAUGAUGAUGAUGAUGAUAUAGGGGAUUCAAUUACAAAUACAACUACGAAUAAACAGAACCCUCGUAUUCAUCUUCCUCCUCUUCUUCCUCCUCCCCCAAUAGAUAUGGAUCAACUGACAACCGAUACAACCACAUCUACUACAACUACAACGACAACUACAACCAAUAAUAAUAAUAAUAACAAUGAUAGUAGAGACCAUGGUGGUGGUGGUGGUGGUGAUGGUAUAACAUUAGAUUACAGUAAUACUACAAUCAAUGAUGAUUUUGAAUUUGACUUUACCAACUUAAGUGAUGAUGAAGUAGACAAUAACAACAAUAAUAAUAAUAAUAAUAAUAACCAAAUCAAUUUUGAUGAUUAUGAAUUCGAUGAUGAUGAUGAUAUAUUUUCAACUAAACCAACUACGCCAACAUCUACAUCACCAUCAUCAAGUGGAAAAAAGACACCACAACCAAAGAAACCUGCAAGUAAAAGGGCAAGUUUACCAAAAAAGAAAGAUCCACCUCCUGUUAAAAUACCCCCAAGUUUUAAAGUUAUUCAUGGUACUAAAUUCCUAGUUGAUGGAUUUCAAUACAAGUCAAAGGAAUAUACCCAUUAUUUCUUAACACAUUUUCAUUCUGAUCAUUAUGUUGGAUUGACAAAGACAUUUAGUUUUGGAAAUGUUUAUUGUACAGAAGAAACUGGUAAAUUGGUUCAUAGUAAACUUGGAGUUCAACCAAAUUUUAUAAAGGCAAUGCCUUGGAAUCGAUUCAUCACCAUUGAAGGGGUAAGGGUGGCGAUGCUAGAUGCCAAUCAUUGUCCGGGAUCGGCAAUGAUAUUGUUUCAUGUAAAUAACGAGUACAGUCUUCAUACUGGUGACUUUAGGUAUCACCACCGGAUGAAGGAAUACCCACUCUUGAAGGAUAUCGCCAUCUCAAGACUCUAUCUAGACAAUACAUUUUGUGAUCCAACCUAUGUAUUCCCACCACAACAAGAAGUGAUUCAAGAGGUGGUUAAAAUCAUUCAAAAGGAAAACGAUGGACGCACUGUAUUCUUGUUUGGAACUUAUACCAUUGGCAAGGAACGUAUCUUGAUGGAGGUGUCCAAGAAUCAGAGGAAAAAGAUAUGUGUCAGUCAGGACAAGAAACAAAUCAUCGCGUGUCUUGAUCUCGACCAAACCAUGUUUACCACCGACGAGACCAUCACACCAUUCCACGCUGUACCAAUGGGUACACUUCGAUUCGAUUCUCUCCGAGGUCGUCUAGAGGCUCUGAAACCAAGGUAUGGACGUGUCGUUGCUUUUCGACCAACUGGAUGGACACAAUCAAAGAAAUCAAUCACUCACCAGCGAUAUGGGGCAGUCACCCUAUACAGUGUUGCCUACUCUGAGCACAGUAGUUAUAAUGAACUUUUACAAUGUAUCGAUCAUUUCAGACCAACUGAAAUUAUUCCAACUGUUGAUUGCUCAACUCCAAAUCAUGUUUCUAGAAUAUUAUCACAUUUUAAACCAAUUUAUGAAAAGAAGAAACAAACAACCAUGAUGUCAUUCUUUUCAACUACCAAAUCAUUGGCAACUAGUUUAUUUGGUGGAAAUGUGAAUAAUAAUAAUAAUCAACAACAACAACAACAACAAGAAGAUAAAAUCACCAAACCAUGUCAAAGUACUUUAUCUCUUUUUGAUGAAUUAUUGAUGGAUUCCCUUGAAGACGAUAUUUUUGCGUCUCCAACUCCGUCACCAACCAAAGCAACCAAAACAACAACACCAAUGAAACCAUCGUCACAGUCUGCUACUACUACUACCACUACUCCAUCUACACCAAAACCAAUUCAAUUACCUCCACCAACAACAACCUCUACAACCUCGACAACAUCUACCACCUCCACACAAAAAAAACCUUUAAAUAACAAACAACAACCUUGUACCGUUCCCAAACAAUCUACUCCAAAAACAACAACAACAACAAAUAACUCUAUAGUUUCACAAAACACAAGCGACCAAGAUGCAUUUGACUUUUUUGACCCUGUUUUCCUUUCUCAGCAAAGAUGGAUUGAAAGGUCAAUCUUGCACCAACAACAACAACCCCAGACAAAUUCAUCACAAUCCCAGGCAUUACAAAUUUUUAAACCUCCUUCUUCAUCAUCAUCAUCCCAAACAAAGACAACAAAGCAGACAUUGGAAUCCAAGAAAAAUAAAACACCACCCCAACCAUCCAAGAGCCACUCUUCAACCAAAAAGAUAUCUCCGGCUACUACUACGACAAAGAAACAAAAGCUAUCAAAACCAAACUCAACCUCUGUAGCUACCACCAAAGAUAAUAAUAAUAAUAAUAAUAACAAUAAUAAUAAUAAUAAUGGACAAUCAUUCAUUACGUCAUUCUUUCAAAAAUGUUCCAAUACUACUUCAUCAACCAUCCAAUCCUUUUUUUCAACAACGAAUAAACAAUAA